AUGGAUUGUAUCGGCCCUUAGAGAGGAGGGAGGGGGGUAAUUAGCUGGUAAACACGGGAGUUCUGCAGCCUAAUCCUGGUCAGGCCGGCUGCUGUGUGGUAAUCUCUGAGGCUCCUCUCGGUUACAUGAUGUAAUUGCCUUAAGUUACAACAGUUGGUGUUGUGGUUAGCAGUACUGCCUCACGUCGCUGAAGUCUGGGAACCUAUUCCAACCAAGAUUGGCGCUUGUUCCCUGACGCCGGCCGCGUGAUGCUAUCGGUGGUCCUGACUCUCGGUGCGGUUCUGGUGGCGGCCGUCCUCCUGGUCAUCUGGAAGGUGCGUACGGAUGGCCAGUGGGCACUCUGGUGGCAUGAUAACUACCUAGAACGAAUACGGGACUUCCUCUCCGGCACCACGCGCCCUAUGCGGAUCCUGCAGCACGUGCAGCGUCACGCCAUUCGUGGCGAUGCCCUCAGUGUCAUCUCAGCGGUGGAUUCCUAUUGCUCCCAAGUGGAAUGGGCCAUGAACGUGGGCGAUAAGAAAGGGGAGAUCUUGGAUGCAGUGGUCACGGAGACCCGCCCGCGCUGGGUAUUGGAGCUUGGCACCUACUGUGGAUAUUCAACUGUGAGGAUUGCCCGUUUGCUGCCCCCCGGUGCCCGACUCGUCACAAUAGAAAUGAACCCGCACUAUGCCCAGGUGGCUAAGGAACUGUUCCAACAUGCGGGACUGGAUGCACAGCUGCUCCCUCUCCCUGAUACCCCAUUGCCCCCCGCUCCCCACUCUCCCUGCUGCCAGGCAGAACAGCCAGCUGUGGACGCCAUCCAGCCCGCCUCCUGCCAACCCAAGUGGCGCCUGCAGGAUGCUCUCCUCUACACUACCCUGCAAUGUCUGCAGCUGCCCCUUCAGCUCUUUUCCCGUAGCGCCCAAAGCCCACUGACCCCCUCCUCACUUCCAGCUCAGGAGAGAGAGACCGAGAGGCGGCCGACAGGUCAGACCUGCAAGGUGGACCUGUUGGUGGGAUCCAGCUCCGUCCUGAUUCCUCAGCUGAAGAAAAAAUUUGACAUUGAAAAGUUUGACCUGGUGUUUAUAGAUCACUGGAAAGUCAGUUACCUUCCUGACACCAAACUGCUAGAGGAAUGUGACUUGUUGAGAGCCGGCUCCGUUCUUGUGGCGGAUAAUGUCGUCUGUCCUGGAACCCCUGAAUACCUUCAAUAUGUAAGGAAUAGUCCUCGUUACCGGAGCCAGUAUUUCAAGUCACACCUGGAGUACCUGCAGGUAGAGGACGGCUUGGAGAAAUCUGUCUUCUUGGGCUGAUGGAUGGUCACAACUCCUGACCUGGGUACUGCUUAUCAGCAGAGGUUGGGUGCUGAUUACGACCUGAUGGUCAUUAUAUAACUGGCACCAGAAGAGCGCCGACCAUCUCUGCUUCCUUGUAACAUAAACUAAGGGAUUAUACUGGUUUUAUACCUAUUUCACCACCAGUCCUGGGCUGCGUUCUCAUAAAUAUUGGUUCAGACUACAAAAUGGCUGCCUCAGCUGUGUACAGGUACCGCAUACCAUUUACCCCUUACUUCUGCCACUGAUGUAGGAUUUACAACAGGACUCGUCCUGCUCUUGUCAAACAUUAAGUGAUUUAUCUCAAGCCUUGGAAUACUGUUCUGUGUCAGGUAGUACGUGUACCCGCAUUGUAAGAAUGAAGAGAUGUACAAUAAAUGUCACCCUUUCCUAAUUAUAA